AUGCCUGAUGCGCCUAUCACUCAACAGCCAACGUUACGUGACUGGGAUGACGGACUGUUUGACUGCACAAAGGAUGCAAAAAACUGUAAUUUCGUUUUUUCCUUUUUUUGCUCAUUCAAAUUGUGGUGAUAUAUUUUAAGUAAGAUUUACAGUGGGCCAUUAACAACCCUCUAGCUGUCAUGUUAAAGUUUGCAUUUUUAACUACAAUGCUUUUUCCCGUGCAACUUUUGCAUACCGUCACUAAUUAUAUAUACACGUGCAGUGAAGAGCAACAACAAAGAAAAGAGAGACUGCAAUGGCAAUUUUUGGUUUAAUAGCAGUCGCCGACCAGCCAUUUGCAACCUCCGUUUUCAACCUGGAGUCCAACUCGCAUCGUUUGGUCGGUUGUAUUAAGUCCAGCGUUCAACAUUUUAGCCGCGGGCCUUUUUAUGCCGACUACGGUCCAAAAGGGCGUGGAACUUUCGUUCGCCCGUCGGGUUGCGGAACGUGCCUCUUCCAUCUCGUCACACAGCUCAGUCUAUACAUAUGUAUAUACAUCGUGUGAAUCAGUACCCCAAAAAGAUGAAGAAGGAAAAGCGAUUUCAUAAACCAAAAUGCAUCCUUAUUGACCUUUACAAAACUCUUAUUUUCAAAAACGUAAGUAAAAACAUAAUUAAGUCCACGAAAUCAUCCUUUCCCUUUCGUCUUCUUUGGUAGACUAUGGAAAGGUGAAUUAUCCCUAUAUCUAAUCCUCGUUCAUAUACAUAACCGGCAUGCCCUAUACUUAACCUGUAAGCCUUUUGACGAACAGAAUAAAAGCCUUAUGAGACCAACAAUUUUAAAUUAUUCGCAAAACAAUUUGUCGAAGGAAAAUGUCAUGUUUGCCAGCAAAAACCUGAUAUCUGUUUAAAUUUUCUAACGUUGUACAGAUGGAAGACAUUGUUUAAGUAGGCUUGGAAUACUCCUACGCUUUGAAGCUAUGCUUGGAUGUGCUAUCUGAUGAAAUGUUUACCGGAAUUCUGAAAUACGUCUUGAAUUAGAAAAGACUGCUUAUGUGGAGUCAUGAUAGGAAUUAUCGUGUAACAUAAUCCCGCGAUACUUCAGUCGCGCAAGGAUACCGGCUUUGGAAGGAAUUUAUUGCCGCCCGCAAAAACCACACUUGUCAAAAUAAUAAUAACUUUUAUGGAAUGCAUUUUUGCCGUUAUUUUUAAUGCUCUUCUAAAUUCAAAUAUGCAACUUGGAGGACAAGCACAAAAAUAUUUUUGCACUCAUUCGGUAGCAGAUUCUGUCUUCUCUAGAUUUCUUUGCUUAAACAGAGAAUAUCGUCCGGUUUUAAGAACGUUUUUAAUCGUGGAAUUUUUAAGACCACGAAAUAUCCUUUCAUGCAGCAUUGCAUCGGUAGGUUUAUGAAUGUCACUUAUAGAGUAUAUAACCUGCUCCACAUCCAUCGCAAGUUUUAUGAGUCCUAUAUGACAUAUCCCUUACAGCGUUUAAUGGAGCAUGUACAUAUAAUUGGGAAAUCCCGUAUGCAGACACAACGGUAGGCGGAGUGAAUAAUAAAUUGGAAUAUGAAGAAAAUUGAAAUGACAAAAAGCGCUCCCUCUUCAGGUAAAAAAUAAAAUCAGACGCAGUUUGCUACCAAACGAGUACCCGAACGAAUAUUUUGUGCAUGGCUUAUAUUUCAUGUGUUCAAAUUUAUAAACGUAUCAAGAAUCCACAGAAAACAUUUAUAUCAUAUAGGGAAUCAUUUUUACAGAGUUUAUUUUUCCAGGCGGUCAAAAGGGAGUUCAUUCAAAACCGUCAUCCUGUUGGAGUUGAAAUAUCUUAGAAAUAUACUGCAACAAAAAAACUGUGUCAAUAUGAAUUAUUCAAAAUCUGCCAAAACAUCUGUGAAUCACGUGAGCCUGGUAGCCAUAUGGGGUAUUCCGUCGAUUCUGUAGGCGUAACUUGCCUAUUUAUUUCAAAAGAGUAGUUAAACCUUUUUGUGCUGUGUAAGUACUCACCAUACUAUGCGUGCUGCAAGGAUCGCCGGCUGCAUGUUGUUUUACUGUACCUUUGUUAGAACACAAACACUCUGCUUCCCCGAUAUAUCUGAACGGUUUUAAUUUUCGAACGCGUAAGUUCGACUUAUUUACUCCUUUAAGAAUAGAUUUGCAUAGUCCCUUUCAUAAACAAUAAUAAGACAUAUUGACCCAACUGUGAAAAACCCGGCGCCUCGGUGGGAUUCGAACCCACGCAGUAAGGAGAAGGCUUUCACAGUUGAGUCAAUAUGAAUUAUUCAAAAUUCUACCAAAAUAUCUAAAAUUUACGUGAGCCCAGUAGUCAUCUGGUGGAUUCUAGGUGAAUUACUUGGGAAAUUCUGCUUUGGCAGUCAAAUUACUGUAUCAGAUUUGAUAGAUUCCAGACUUUACAGUAGGCUGGACGGGUAACUUGGCCCAAAUGUGACUAAACUCGCGUCUUCCGGUGGGGCCGCUUAGCUCAAGCGUUGGCUGCACUAAAGCCUUCCCCUUGUUGUCGUGGGUUUGAAUCCCACCGGGGAGCCGGAGUUUUCACAGUUAGGUCAACACGAGUUAUUUAAAAUCGGCCAAAACAUCUAGGGACAAGCAAUAUUGCCACCCCACUUAGGUAAUUUUUGCGAAUCGAAAGCAUAUUUCAGAAUUGGGGUUAAAAUCUCAUGAGACGGCACAUGCCCUUCACCAAGUCAUUUCGUACACCCCACCAAGCCGCCCCCCGGGCAGGGCUGGCCACGAGUACAGAAAGGUCACUGCAUCGGAGUGAGUGUUUUUAUUUUGAAAUAAAUCAUUUUUUUCGAAACAUCCCCUAGAUUCUAUGAAGAACAUCAUGGCAAAAAAUAAAAAAAAUUAUUAUCGGUGUUUACUUUACUUAAUCGAACACGUAAAUAUGGAUCCAACCGUAUCAAAAAUGGCCUCGCGCUGAAUUCCACUGGGUACCUGUUCCAAAGUCCUGACUUAAACCACAAAACUUAGGGCAGGGUCUUCUGCAAUGUGGGGCUGUCAGCAUCUCUCGUACCUAACCCCCCGUUUACUUCAUGGGAGUUUUGGCGCGGUCAGUGGUCGACCAUAUCAGGCGGCACUAAAAAAGCCACACUUGGAGUUUUGUUGUAAUCGGUCAUGUAGCCAGCCUCCACAGUAACGGCAAAAUAACAUCCAUGAGUGCAUGGGGUUGAAAAAAUCGUGACUCAUUUUCAAAAGCACGUGCGAAUCUCGCGUGUUUAUGUUAUCAAACGUUUUGUCAGAAAUUAUCAACAAAAAUAUUGCUUCCUAAGAUUAUGACGAGGGGACCUGAAAUUUAAGCCUUUUGGUGCUGCCAUCUAGCAUUUUGGACAAGCGCAUAAUCAGUGGAUCGAUGAGACGCCGUUCAUCGAUUUUAUGGGAUGAAAUUCGGCACUCGUUCUCUGUUUGAGACUCUUACUUUUGAUCACUUGCAUGAAGCUGAAUGCAAAUAAGCAAUAAAUAAAGCAAUGACGAUAACUGCAAAGGAGGCUGCGAGAAACAUCCUAUCAAGAAAUAUAAUUUUAAUCAGAAUGUUUUUCUCAAAAAGUCGUCAUCAUGACCCGAGGGUUUCCUCUGGUUGAAAGAAAGAAACCACCUAGUCGGAACAAGACGUUUAUCAAAAUGACGUUUCGGAGUGUCUCGUGAGUCCAUCGUCAGAGACAGCAACGGAUAAUUCUAACGAGCACAAAGGCAACAUACUUAAUUAGUCACCGAAUAGCUACUAUAAUUGUUAUUUCUGUGAUCACCCCACUUAUUUUGAAAGAAAAUUACCGCAGAAUUAUAACAAGUGCUCGAGAGAAGUGUGACAAACGCUCGACGACUUGGUGCACGAGUAGUGUCACUGGGAGCGCUGUUCAUUCACAGGUUCCUCGCCUGACUAAGUACUCAGUACAGGCAAGUUUUGAGUCACUGGUUAGUUUGACGAUGGGAAAAAUUGUGCCUUUCGGUGUGUGUAAAUCUGCUCUUGGACGAACGUCUCGACAGUGACUUGCUGAGAACGGGUAGUUCAUACAAGCCCUCGGCAGACGGACGAUUCGAGUUUCUCCCUGCACAACCGCAAGUACCUCCAGAUGACUGACCAAGAAAAGACCAUAAACUGUGAGUUCGUGGGGAAAAACGGUUCAAAACUGUUCCUGUAGAGAAUGAGCAAACGGGCUUCUGAUCGGAAGCAAUGCGAACAAGUUUACCAAACUGCCUGGCCCAAUUUCAGAAGAUGUGGUGAUACGCAGCAACUGCGUCUCGUAACUAUUGCAUUUUUUACCGCGUCGCUUGUUGCCUUCGUCCGAAACGACAGACGAAUGAAACCCUCCAUUCGGUGAUCUAGUCCAAAAAUGCUUUAUGGAACUCACCCUUUCGCCUAGGUCAUGAGAAUGCUUGGGAAUUUGGUCAGACCGUCGCCUCGAUGAGAGACCAGAACGUUUAUUUCGGUUUUGCAUUCGAGCUUAAUCGAUAAAGGCCACUCAGGUGUGAAACUGACUGCAAUUAACCCGUUUCCCGUGGACUUAAUGUACGCCCCUACAACACUAAUCAGCCUAACCUUGCCUGACAAAGCAGAGUUCGCUCAGCCCACAGGUAGUGCUUACUUUCCGUUUGGUUUACAUUCCUUUCUAAAUCAUACUAACCUAAAAACGCAGUUUUGUUGACUUAAAUUCCGCUCCAGGUUAACCAAGAUGUCUGACUGUUUAUUUUCUUUUCUGUCGGCUUCUAGGCGUGCUGACUGCAUUCUUUCUGCCUUGCAUGGUGUGCUAUGAAUAUCAUAAACAUGGUGAAUGCUGCGCGACACCGCUUGUUACUCCUCACCCUGUCCUCGUGUUGAUGACCAAUUACCGCGGAACUAACAGAAUCAAGGUAUGUUUUCUCCCGUCCGCUUAUAAAAAAUACUACUCCGAGAGUUAAGGCAACAGUCUUAGCUAGACUAUUUUGGGUGGGGUUGGAGCCUGCUGUUGAAUAUAUUGUCCGCGCUGAGAGCAAGUCCCCUACGUGUAAACCGGCGCCCCUAAAUGCAACAUCGAGGCGCUACAAUCGAUCAGAAUCUACCGGGUUAUCAUCCCUGGCGAUUUAAAAACUGCUGUUGGCUAGCGCCGGCUUACUUGCGAGUCAUUUUUAGUUUUGCAUGGCACGCAACGGCAAUGGGGGGAUUAAUUUGUUUCUGUGCGUGGGCCGUGACUGCCAAAACAGACAUGUUACGCGGUGCGCAGAUUUCUGUCAGGACAAAAUGGGCUCCGGUCGGUGUGAAGGGGUAAAAGCCUGUCUUAAUUAAGUGCCGCCUCAGAGGGCGUCAAUGUUUAUACCCAACUGCUUUUAGCGCGUCACCUACAGUUUGGGUGCUUUCGGGUCCAUCUGGUUGAAUAAAUGUAACUUACUGAGUAGUUCCAUGUUUGGGGAACAGAGCAAAAAUUUCUUUGUGCCCCUAGACAGAAGUAGCUGGUGGGUACCUGAAAUUUAGUAUUUGGUGAUUUUCUGCUUAUACGCAAUUCCAUCAGAUGGAAUACGGGAUCACAAUUAAGUCCAAGUAAUGGAACCGAGUAUAUUAACAGACACUCUUUCAUCUAUCAACAAGAUGUUUUUAUCCGGGGUUUAGUGAUUGCCAGAGACGCAGUCCAGAGCUGACGAAGGUCAGGCGUUAAUUCGGCCUUAUGCCACUACCAAAUAUGCAGUGUAUAUAUAUACAGGGUUUUAGUCCGGGUUUCAGCUGCCGCUCAAAACUCCAGCAUCCGACAAUGGAAUCCAACUAACGAGGAGUCAGUUGUCUACAUUAUUUUAUGACGCUACUGCAACAAAAAGACCGGCUGUCGUUAACACACAAAUCCGUAAGGCACCCUUAUUUCACUGUCUUGAUCAACAGGUUCGGUAAAGGAGACACCGAGUGCGGACAGAUCUCAGUGGGCCUACUGUAAAUACCUAGUUACAUACAAGCAUCACAGCAAUUUGUCUGUUUUUUUCCAUCCCCGUUUGCCACAUUGAUUUCCACCUAAUUUCACCUGAUUUUAGGCUAAAAAUCUCCAUUCCCAUUUUGUCUCUGACAUGGUGUUCUACAACCCUUGCAGACGAUGACAUGGUGAGUGGUAAUCAGCAAGUGAGAAGUGUUUGUCGACAAAAACGAUGUUCAGUUCCCCGAGCUGAAACCUCAUCAGAGAUUCGCAUUUUGUUCGUCAUCUAGGGCCGACCUGUAACAUGCCCAUUUAAGGGGUGUUCUUAUCUCAUAGCCUAGGAAAGAAGUUCAUAGUAAAUAACUACAUUUGAAAUUUCAUUCAAAAAUGUCGAAUUCACAUCAAGGCAACAAUUUUGUCAAUAAUUAAUUCACGUUCAUGCGGUCUGGAAAGGAGGACAAAUAAUCAUCAUCUUAGAUGUGGUUAGACUCUAAUCCCCAGUAUUUCCUUGCUAAACUCUGCGAAUAUGUCAUAAUAUAAACAUUCCUAAACGACGGCAGGGUGUCACAGAACAGAAACCGCAUUGGUUCAUUUGUCUGACUUAAGAAUUCAAAGCCUGUGAUUUAAUAUAUUAUAAGUCUUUUCUUUCCUCGUCACAGGGAUCAAUCAUUAUGGACUGCGUUACGUCCACCUUCUGCAUGCCCUGUCAACUCUGUCAACUGCAUCGAGAAUUCAAGGCCCACCACGAGACGCAGUAG